GGGCUACAGUGUCAUGUCUUGUGUAUUCAGUAUGACGCUUCCUGUUUUCAUUUCAGGUCUUGUUUUGGCAUAAAAGUGAGAUUCACGAGACUCCUCUAAGAUGUCUUACAGAAAGGAGCUAGAAAAAUACCGAGACCUGGAUGAAGACAAGAUCCUUGGAGCUCUGACAGAGGAGGAGCUCAGAAAGUUAGAGAAUGAACUGGAAGAGCUGGAUCCUGAUAAUGCAUUGCUGCCGGCAGGGCUCAGGCAGCGGGAUCAGACACAAAAGCCACCAACCGGCCCAUUCAAAAGGGAGGAACUCAUGGCCCACCUAGAAAAGCAGGCAAAGGAUGUUAAAGACAGAGAAGACUUGGUUCCUUUCACGGGUGAAAAGAGAGGAAAAGCUUGGAUCCCCAAGCAGAAGCCGAUGGAUCCUGUUUUGGAAAGUGUGACUCUGGAGCCGGAACUGGAGGAAGCCCUUGCUAAUGCCUCUGAUGCAGAGCUCUGUGACAUUGCUGCCAUCCUUGGCAUGCACACCUUGAUGAGUAACCAGCAGUACUACGGGGCACUGGGGAGCAGCACCAUCGUGAACAAAGAAGGGCUCAACAGUGUGAUUAAGCCCACACAGUACAAACCAGUUCCUGAUGAGGAACCAAACUCAACGGAUGUGGAGGAAACUCUGAAACGAAUACAAAGCAAUGAUCCUGACCUUGAGGAAGUCAACCUUAACAAUAUUAUGAAUAUUCCCAUACCAACUUUAAAAACUUUUGCAGAAGCACUGAAAAAUAACACCUACGUGAAGAAGUUCAGUAUAGUUGGAACACGGAGCAACGAUCCUGUUGCUUUCGCACUGGCAGAAAUGCUGAAGGUCAAUAACACACUGAAGAGCCUGAAUGUGGAAUCAAACUUCAUUUCUGGGUCAGGGAUCCUGGCUGUUGUCGAAGCGCUCCAGGGCAACACAUCGCUCGUAGAGCUGCGCAUCGACAACCAGAGCCAGCCACUGGGCAACAAAGUAGAAAUGGAAAUCGCAAACAUGUUGGAAAAAAACACCUCCCUGCUGAAGUUUGGGUACCAUUUCACUCAGCAAGGUCCCCGACUCCGCGCUUCCAAUGCCAUGAUGAAUAACAAUGACCUAGUGAGGAAGAGAAGACUUGCAGAGUUGAAUGGGCCUAUUUUUCCCAAGUGCAGAACUGGAGUGUAG